AAAAGAAAGAAAAAGGAAGCCUGGGAACGAAGAUUUGGCAAUAGGCCCGAAAAGAAAAUUGGAUGUUUUGACUACCAUAUAUAACUAAAUAUUCUUUCCUAUAUAUGUGAAUAGAUUCCUCUGGUUAUUGCUUAAAUUUCAUCAAGAUUUUUGAGAAUUCUUUGCAGUUAUUUUGUGGGUUUAUUUUGCCACUACUGCUUCUACCUUUUCCUUCUUGGAUUUUCUUUUUACGUGGUCACUUUUAUUAAGAAAAUCGGCAGACUGCCAACUUCUUUUAGAAAGAUUAAAUCGUCUGUCCACUGAAAAUACUGAAUGUAUAUACACACACAAAUAUGUGCAUAUCUUUGCUUUUUCUUUCGUCUGUUUUGGUCCUUUUGCAUGGUUGCGUGGGAGAGAGAUUGAUUGAUUCAUUGUUCUUGAAAUCUUUCCUGACUAAGCGGCCGAGAGGGCCCCAUUUUAAUACAAGGACGGCUGAAUUUAAAGCUGUUGGGCCCAUUAUCAUGUGGAAAGCGUAACGUGUCCCCAGUUGCUUUCUGAUCUUCUGCUUUGAAAAAGCUUUUUCAGGCUGUUCUAAUGGCGGAUUUGACAAUUAGAUCUGCAUCUAACCCUAAUUCUCUGUGAUUCUCAGUAUGCCCCUGCCUUAGUUAGCCUUCACUUUCUCUGUUUUGGGUUGCAUCAAAGCCCAUCUGUUUCUGUUUUUCUUUUUCCAUGGUGAUGCCGAUCUGGGUUUGUUAAUUCGUCAAUUGGAUAAUCGAUUAGUUCGGGGACCAUGAAGCAGAAAGAAGGCAAAGCGGGUUCUCAACCAGAUAAAAGUUCUCGGGUAGUUCCCAUGGUGAUCAUGGUCAGUGUACUAUGUGGGUUUUCAUUCUAUCUUGGCGGCAUCUUCUGUUCCGAGAAGGAGAGAUACAUUAGUAACGAUGUCACUAAAACUAUGGAAUCACCCAAGGACAAUGUUGCUGCCUCUGGCCCCAUCCAGCUUAAGUCCAUCGCCUUCCCUGAAUGCGGCACUGGCUUCCAGGACUACACGCCCUGCACAGAUCCGAAGAGAUGGAAGAAAUUCAGUUUUCAUCGGCUCUCCUUCUUGGAGCGCCAUUGUCCACCCGCAUUUGAAAGAAUGGAAUGCUUGGUUCCUCCGCCGGACGGAUACAAGGCACCGAUCAGAUGGCCUAAGAGCAGGGACGAGUGUUGGUACAGGAAUGUGCCCUAUGAUUGGAUCAACAAGCAGAAGUCUAAUCAGAAUUGGCUGAGGAAAGAAGGGGAAAAGUUCCACUUCCCUGGUGGUGGUACUAUGUUCCCCAAAGGUGUCAGUGCUUAUGUCGAUCUUAUGCAAGAUCUGAUCCCUGAAAUGCAGGACGGGACUGUUCGAACUGCUAUUGAUACUGGAUGUGGGGUUGCUAGCUGGGGAGGUGAUUUGCUAGAUCGUGGAAUUUUGACAGUCUCCCUUGCCCCAAGGGAUAAUCACGAGGCCCAAGUCCAAUUUGCUCUAGAACGUGGAAUUCCUGCAAUUCUGGGCAUCAUUUCAACCCAGCGCCUUCCUUUCCCGUCAAACUCAUUUGAUAUGGCACAUUGCUCAAGGUGCCUCAUCCCUUGGACAGAAUUCGGUGGUAUUUACCUUUUAGAAAUACACCGGAUUCUUCGUCCUGGAGGCUUCUGGGUUCUGUCGGGCCCUCCCGUGAACUAUAAGCGCCGCUGGAGAGGCUGGAACACCACUGUGGAGGAGCAGAAAUCUGAUUACGAAAAGUUGGAACAUUUGCUAACUUCAAUGUGCUUUACAAUGUACAACAAGAAGGAUGACAUUGCAGUAUGGCAGAAGUCUAAAGAUGACAGUUGCUAUAAGAAACUUGCUGUCCCCGAUGUCUAUCCGCCCAAGUGCGACGAUGGUACCGAACCAGAUUCGGCAUGGUACACUCCCCUAAGGCCUUGUGUUGUCGUUCCAAACCCCAAGCGGAAGCUAGAGCUCACGUCCAUCCCCAAAUGGCCGCAGCGGCUACAUGUGGCACCUGAACGCAUCGGUGAUAUUCGUGGUGGCAGUGCUGGCGCCUUCCAGAUUGAUGACGGAAAGUGGAAGGAGCGAGUGGAGCACUACAAGAAGUUGCUCCCUUCAUUUGGGACCGACGGGAUAAGAAAUGUGAUGGACAUGAAUACAGUUUAUGGUGGUUUUGCUGCCGCUCUGAUUAAUGAUCCACUUUGGGUGAUGAACGUGGUCUCUUCAUAUGCUCCCAAUACACUUGCCGUCGUCUAUGACAGGGGCCUCAUUGGAACCUACCAUGACUGGUGUGAGGCUUUCUCAACUUAUCCUCGGACGUAUGAUCUCCUCCACCUCGAUGGCCUUUUUACGGCUGAAAGCCAGAGGUGUGAAAUGAAAUAUGUGCUCCUGGAAAUGGAUAGGAUUCUUCGGCCAAAGGGGUAUGCAAUAAUCCGUGAGUCCAACUAUUAUGUGGACGCUGUGGCCACAAUUGCCAAGGGGAUGAGAUGGGGAUGCCGCAAAGAAGAUGCUGAAAAUGGGGCUGAGAAGGAGAAGAUCCUAAUAUGUCAGAAGAAACUCUGGUAUGCCUCUAACCAAAGUUCCAGAUGAUAAACCAAGCAAUGCCAAAACCGACCCAAGUAUAUUCGCACGACCACGACCACGACCACGCAUAGGAGUGGAGAUUGAGAAGUUCGCAUAGGAGUGGAGAUUGAGAAGUUAUCUGUCGUAAAGAAAUUAGUUUAAACCUAUACCAGUAAGCUGAACUGAAAUAGUAACUUAAGAAUUAGUGAUCUUUCUUCUUCUUCCCCCCUCUACUCCUUCUUAUAUAAAUUACAUUCUUUGUAAGCCAACAGGUACUGGGGAUUGUACCCUUUUCUAUUUUUUGGGCCUUUUCUUUGAUAUGGUCUCGGCAUAUAUGUGAAGAAUUGUGUUGGUUAAAAGCCACACCUCACAGCUUGUGAUUUUGAUGUAUCUAAAGAAAUUUGAUUCCAAGUUUCAGUUCAAGAGAAUGCUGCCUCUGUACUUUUAAAGAUUUU